UUCAAUCCGGCAAAAAAAAAAACCAUGUCUGAUAUGUUCCCCGGCGAUUACGCAACCGCUGAGACAGGCGUCUUUUGGGACAUAGAACAGUGCGAGGUCCCUGUUGGUGAACUCAAUGCUGGUGAGGUUGUGGCGAAAAUCAGUUCGAAUCUUUCGAGUUUUGGUCAUCACUUUCCUUCUGAAGGCAUUAAGCUCAAUCACUUCCCCGCAGGACACAUGUACGCGAGACAGACAAAGAUACUUGAAGACAUCGUUUCCUGGUCAGCUGAACAUCCAGAACCGUGUACUUUGAUGCUAAUCGUGGGAGACACCUCUCAUGACUUCGUCGAGGUUGUUGGACUUUUGAAAUCCAUGAAAAAUUACCAAGUUCACCUAAUUUCCCCGAGUGAUAUUGAUGAUCCUAUCGACCAAAGCGGCGGAAGCUUCUCACAAGGUGUAGAGGACAAUAAUAAUAUGCGGAAGCGGAAGAAACGUCGUCGUUGUAGAGGAAGCUCCUCCUCACUCGGUGUUGCCAAUAAGCUGAAGAAGUGGAAGAGAUGUCGUAUAAAAAAAUCGAAAUCACCUAAAGUUAAAGCGGGAGGUCUAGGAGGGAGCGAAGCUGUUGCAAAACCCAAGGGAGACAAAUGCAGUGUUAGGAAAGGUUUUGUCUCAUGA